AUGUUGGGAGGCAACAAUGAGAAUCCUUUGCCGCAUGUUCUAAUGAACGAUAGCCAGUUUCAGUACCAAACAAACACAUCGUUGAAUCAGCUUCACUUGCUCGGAACAAUGAGAGCUGGUUGUACUAUUGAUCCUGUAAACUACUUUGCUAAUGAUAAUAACAACCUCAGUCCAAUGGUUCGGCAUAGUAGCAAACGAGGAAGAGAAACCGAAAUCAACAACAAUAGCAUCCAGAGACAACAGCAGAAGCUGCAAAUCUCUUUGAAUUACAACUACAACAACAACAACAACAAUGGUGUUGUUCAACAAGAUGAAGUCCCAAAGCAGAACUUAGUGUCAACUGGUCUGAGACUCUCUAACGACGACGAUGAGCGUAACAACUCUUCUGUAACUUCUGCAAACGGAAGCUUCACUACUCCAAUGUUUCAGUCUCUCAGUGACAAUAUCAGACUGGAUCUUGAUAGACAGAAAGACGAGCUUGACCAGUUUAUCAAAUUCGGGGCAGAUCAACUGGCGAAAGGAGUGAGAGACAUAAAACAGAGACAUGUCACGUCUUUUGUCACGGCCUUGGAGAAUGACGUGAGCAAGAAGCUUCAAGAGAAAGAUCAGGAGAUCAUAAGCAUGAACAAGAAGAACCGAGACCUCGUGGAGAGGAUAAAGCAAGUGGCGGUUGAAGCUCAGAACUGGCAGUACAGGGCAAAGUACAAUGAGUCUGUUGUUAACGCCUUGAAGGUAAAUCUCCAACAAGUCAUGUCACAUGGAGGAGGAGGAGUAGUAGCUGAUCAUCAUCAUCACCAUCAAGUGAAAGAAGGGUUUGGAGAUAGCGAGGUUGAUGACGAUGCAGCGUCGUACAACCACCAGAACAACAUCCCAAGUGGUGGUGGGAUGAGAUGCAAGUCGUGUAACGUGAAGGAGGUAUCGGUGUUGGUUGUCCCGUGUAGGCAUUUGAGUUUGUGUAAAGAAUGUGAUGUGUUUACUGGUGUUUGUCCUGUUUGUCAGUCUUUGAAAACGUCUAGUGUUGAGGUCUUCUUCUCCUGA